CGCAUUCUCACGCCCAUGGCCACGGCGGCCUCGCCGCCGGCGGGGCCAGCAGCUUCCUCGCGGGCGUCGGCGACCCGCUCCCGCGCUGGCCGCCUCUCUCUCCCCGCGGCCCUCCCGGCGGACGGCCGUGGUGACAGCGCCACCACCUACAAGGAGCUCGGUCUGUACUCCUGGAAGAGGAGGAUCGAAGAUGCAGUUAUCCGGGUCGAGAUGACUGCAUCCAACGCAUUGAAGUGGGAGGAAGCACAGAGGAUCAAACAUGAGGAAGUAUUGCAAAGCCGCAGCUUGUGGGACAAUCCAGCCAAGUCACAUGAGGCGCUCUCUGCUCUCUCCGAUGCCAUCAGAGCGGUUGAUCAUCUCAAAGACCUUCUAUAUAAGGCUGAAGAGGCCAAGUUGAUAAGUCAACUGGCAGGGAUGGAUGUCAUAAAUGGAGAGCUAUUUAAGCAAGCAUACAAUAUCUCUUUGGAUGCUAGUGAAUUUCUAGAUCGUUACGAGAUGUACAAGCUUCUUAAGGGUCCCUAUGACAAGGAAGGAGCUUGUAUCAUUGUCACUGCUGGAUCAGAGGGUGUUGCUUCAGAGCUAUGGACAGAGAAGCUAUUUGGCAUGUAUACAUGUUGGGCACGGAGGCAAGGUUGCAAACAAGGACUGAUUGAGCAGAUUGCAUCAACAAGUGGUAAUAUCCAGUUUGCAGCGAUGGAGAUUGAAUCAGAGUACAUGUUUGGCAUUCUUUCUGGAGAAAAAGGAAUGCACACAAUGAUCAAUUCUUCCAUUGAAAACUCUGGCACUGAGGAGGCAAUUUCAGCUAGAGUCGAUAUAAUUCCUCUCUUCUUGGAUAGACCACUUAAUUUUCACUUGGAUGACAAUGAUCUGGAGAUUUCUCCUUCUCUCAGUGAGUGUGGAAAUCCAGGUCGACGAAAUGGUGCUACUGUGAGAGUUCAACACAUACCAAGUGGAGUUACUGCUGAAAGCUCAGGUGAAAGAAGCUAUUUUGCAAACAAGCUGAAAGCCAUGAGCAGAUUGAAAGCAAAGCUCCUCGUUAUAACAACAGAAUUAGGAGCGCCAGGCACGAAGAUGAUCAACAUACAGGCUGUAGAGGAAAGAUACUACCGCGAGACAAGACGAUAUACGUUUGGGCCCCAGGAAUUGGUCCAUGAUCUAAACACGGGCAUCCAACUGUCAGACCUCAACUCGGUCCUGGAAGGGGACAUUGAACCAUUCAUCAGAGGUCGUAUUAUUUCAAGACAUGGAUGACCAUACAUUGACACGCCAUAAUAUAAUCCACAAGUUCUGUAAAUCCAUUUUUGCUGAUACAGAUAUAGCACAUCACCAGAGGAUAACUUCUGUAACAUGGAUCACAUUUCAAGCCAAAAGAAAGGCAAGAUAUAUCAGGUAUAGCAAAGAGCAGGUUCUUACCGGCCGGUUGUUGCCAUUCA